GACGCUGCGAGGGAUUUAAAGAGCUGUCGGGGACUGUGGGUUCGUGGUGGAUCUGGCAACCCUGGUCUCUGCGGGAGGAUGUGUUGAGUAUGGAGGAGAACCGGAGGAGAAGUCACAGCGUUACAGCGCACUGAUCCACUCACACAGGAUGCCGCCUCCCUUAGACAUUGUGAAAGUGGCCGUCGAGUGGCCCGGAGCGAACGCACAGCUCAUCGAGAUCGACCAGAAAAAGCCGCUCUCCUCCAUUGUAAGAGAAGUGUGUGAUGGAUGGUCUCUGUCGGGGUCAGAGCAGUUCGCAUUACGCUACGCUGAUGGAGCUCAGCUUUAUAUCACCGAACAGAGCCGUGGAGAAAUCAAGAACGGCACCAUCCUGAGAUUAGCCAUCUCUCCGGCUCGAGCGGCUCGUCAGCUCCUCGACAGGAUUCAGUCUCUGAGCAUCGACGCUCGUCUGGAGGCGCUGAAGGAGCUGGCCAAGCUCUCAGCUGACCCCACCUUCGCUACCGAGUUCAUCAACAUCGAGGGGAUUAACACACUCGCACGACUGGUGGAGAGCGGGACACAUUUUGGUGAGAUGUUGGCCUUCACACUCACUGCGUUUCUGGAGCUGAUGGAUCACGGCAUCGUAUCAUGGGAUAUGAUCUCGCUGUCUUUCAUUAAACAGAUCGCGGGUCACGUGACCCAGCCGCUGGUGGACGUUUCUAUCCUGCAGCGCUCCCUGGCGGUGCUGGAGAGCAUGGUGCUGAACAGCUGCACUCUGUACCACCGCAUCGCUCAGGAGAUCCCCAUCACACAGCUCAUCACACACCUGCAAGUGUCCAAUCAGGAGAUUCAGACCUACGCCAUUGCUCUGAUCAAUGCCCUGUUCCUUAAAGCGCCUGAGGACAGACGCCAGGAAAUGGCCAGCACGUUGAUACAGAAGCAUUUGCGCUCCAUCAUCCUCAAUCACGUGAUUCGUGGGAAUCGCCCAAUUAAAGCGGAAAUGGCGCAUCAGCUAUAUGUGCUGCAGGUUCUGACCUUUAACCUUCUGGAGGAGCGAAUGAUGACCAAAAUGGACCCAAACGAUCAGGCUCAGAGAGACGCCCUAUUUGAGCUGCGCAGGUUGGCGUUUGAUGGUGAAGGCGACCCGACUGGCACAGAGAAGAGAAAAGCUCUUUACACUAAGGACUACAAACUGCUCGGCUUUACCAAUGGUGUGAACCCCGCACUGGAUUUCACUCAGACGCCGCCGGGACUGCUGGCUCUCGAUAACAUGCUCUAUCUCGCUAAAGUCCACCCUGAUACCUACACACGGAUUGUUCUGGAGAACAGCAGUCGUGAGGAUAAACACGAGUGUCCUUUUGGUCGGUGUGUGAUUGAGCUGACGAGAAUGUUGUGUGAAAUACUACAGGUUGGAGAACUACCGAACGAGGGCUGUAAUGAUUAUCACCCCAUGUUCUUCACUCAUGAUCGAGCGUGGGAGGAGUUUUUCUGCGUCUGUAUCCAGCUGCUUAAUAAAACCUGGAAGGAGAUGAGAGCCACGACUGAGGACUUUAACAAGGUAAUGCAGGUGGUCCGGGAGCAGAUUGUGCGUGUGUUAGCGAUGAAGCCCCUGACUCUGGAUCAGCUGAAGGUGAAGCUGUACAGUUUGAGUUACUCAGAGAUCCUGAGGCUCAGACACUCUGAGAGAGUGAACCAGGAUGAUUUCCACUCCGCUCCCAUCAUUGAGCUGCGUGAGAGGAUCCAGCCAGAGAUUUUGGAGCUGAUUAAACAGCAGAGACUAAACCGUCUCUGUGAGGGGAGCUGCUUCAGGAAACUCGCACACCGACGCAGACAAGAGAAGUUUUGGUUCUGUCGUUUAUCUCUGAACCAUAAAGUUCUACAUUACGGAGACCUGGACGAGUCGCCGCAGGGGGAAGUGCCUUUCGAAAUGCUUACAGACAAAAUCCCAGUGUGUGACAUAAAAUCAGUGGUGACAGGAAAAGACUGUCCUCACAUGAAGGAGAAAAGUGCACUCAAACAGAACAAGGAUGUUUUAGAGUUGGCCUUCUCCAUUCUGUACGAUCCUGAUGAAGCUCUAAACUUUGUGGCUCCGAGUAAAUAUGAGUACUGUAUAUGGAUGGACGGUCUCAGUGUGCUAAUGGGGAAGGAGAUGUGUAGUGAUUUGACCCGCAGUGACCUCGACACACUUAUUAGCAUGGAGAUGAAGCUCCGCCUUCUGGACCUGGAGAAUAUUAGCAUACCUGAGGCCCCGCCCCCAAUUCCCAAAGAGCCCAGCAGCUACAACUUCACCUACAACUACGGAUGAGUGUGUGUGUGUGUGUGUGUGUGCGUGCGUAUGUGUUGAUAAUGCGUUUACUCAUCAUGGCCUUUUAUUAGCUCUUACAUACUUUUUUUUGCUGCUGCUUUUUCGGAUCAGAUUUUGACAUAGAUGUCACCUGCGUGAGAAUAUUACAGGAUGUUACAGGUGUUUGUUUAUUUUCUGAAUCAGCUUUUCGGUAAUUUAAUACACAGUAAUGGAGACGUGAAAGUGUCCCAUUCAAGAGGAGGACGCCUCGAUACACAAGCAGCGUUGCAGGAAUCAUCUUCCAGUGACCCUGUUUUUUAAAGAAAACAUGCCAUAAUCCUUUUUGUCCAUUUAGCAUAAGAAUGAAAGUUAAUUUUAAAUGUCUAAUAAAAUACAGAAUUAAAUAAAUAAAAAAACCUGUAGAAAUAUGAAUGAAGAUUUAUCCCAGAAAGACAACAUGAAAACACUCACAAAUUAUUUCAAACUUUAUAAUUAAAUCUAAUAUGUAAAUACGCACAAUAGUUAAUCAGAUGAAAGUGAUUUAAAUGCACAUGAAUUAGAUUUAAAAUGAGAUUGCUCAAAAUUUGUGUCAUUAUAUCAGCUAUAACUUCAGCCGAUAUAACAUGUUAAUACGAUUUAAAUUACAUAAAAAAUAAAAGAACAGUUGUGUACUGUGUGAUGCGACAGAGCUGAGAUGUCAUUAGAUAUGUGAUGUAAGUGGGUGUUUUCUUAUUUACUCUUUUCUAUAUUUCAGUAUUUCGGUUUCGUGAUUAUUCUACAGUAACAUAACCGCUCCAGUGUUAGCUCCACCCACCAGGGGGCACUAGAGGCUCAGUACUCAGAUUAGAGAUUUAUAUAUUUUUGUAAAUAAUGUGAUGUGAUAUGCGAAAAAGGAAAUAAUUUUACUAAUAAACUAAACAAAUGUCUUAGAGAAGUAAAUUAAUUUUGAUUUUAAAGUUAAAGGUGUUUGUGUUUCUUCAUCUUUACGUUUAUUUGACUUAACACAUGUUUUAUGAAUAUAAUUAAUAAUUUACAAAAUUAAGAGUCUAUGUAAUUAAUUUUGCUUUAAUAAUGUUAUUGUUUGCACGCUGAUACCAGAAUAGCUUCAAAUAUAAUAUAUAAUUGUGUGUGUGUUUGUGUGUGUGUGUGUG